GCAAGCAGCUCUGAGCCCCGAGCCGAGCCGAGGUGGCUUGGACCGGAGCGAGCAUCCAGCGCGGGCGGCUGACAGUGGCAGCAGCAUGAGUGCCCCCCAGCCUGCCGUGCCAGAGCGAAGCCCAGCUGAGGAGGCUGGAGGCCCAGCAGGAAAGGCUGUGGUGGGUGUCCGGGAGAAGGGCCCUCAGCUGGGCCAGCAGCUGCCCUCGAUUGUGGUGGAGCCCAGCGAGGUGGGUGCUGUGGAGAGUGGGGAGCUGCGUUGGCCCCCGGAGGGUGCCCAGAAGGUGUCCACCCAGAGCCAGGCUGUUGCUCCCCCCUCACCGAGUCCGCCAGGAGUGCCAGGGAAGGCCCUGGACGACACUGGCAGCGAGUGUGCCUGCUUCAAGGACCAAGCCCCCCCCGGCCCAGUGAUAGGACAAGGACAUGGCCGGAUUCUGCUGUCCCGGGGCCCUGCCUAUCCUGCUCCUGCUGACAAGUGAGAGGGCCUCAGCUCCAGGGUGGCUGGCCUGAUGCACAGAGAGGGCUAGGCGUGCCCGGCACCCAGUGGGCAGAGCCAAGCCACUGCCUCUGGCCGCACUGGGCUGGCCAGGACCACAGCUGCUGCCCUCUCUCAUCCAUGGCCCAGGGUCUGGAUCACACCCCUCCUUGUUCCGUGGUUUGAAGCAGAAAUAAAGGCUCUUCCUGGUGCUCAGUGGGCACAUUUGGUAGGGUCACGAAAGG